AGAGGGCCGACCGCCAUUGUCUCUAACGCAGGGGAAGAGUAAGAGUGGAUUCCCGGUCCCUUGGCUUCUGCGUUUCAGGUUCAGUAUCGAAGGGUACUCGCCGCCGAAGGUGUCCCGCGGUACCUAUGUCAAUGAUAAGUGUGAUCUAUUCAGUUAUAUAGUAUUUCUUGCGAGUUUGGUUUGAUGAGAGAAGUCCCUAGACAAUACAGAACCUCUUCAAGACUUCUGGAUUCCUUCAGGAGGAACCCCAGCCCCCUCCUCCCCCAGUUAAUAAUCCUCGAGGUCUUCAAGUUGCAACUCGGCCAUUGCAAAACUCACCAUCUCAAGUAGUGGGAUCUCGGACGAGAGAGAUUCUGUGAGCUUGUGUUUUUGAAGUGUUCCGAAGUGCGUGCUUGCGCGUGUGCGUUGGUUUUGCAAAAAGGUGGUGAUGGGCGGGUCGCCCUCCUGAGUGUAUCAUGGUUCUGGUGGACGGGUCUUCAUCCUCGACAGACGCCGCCAUGUUCCCGACGGCCAACCGGCCGCCCCACUCGGUGGUGGCCCAGCAGAGCCAUCCCGGGUAUUUCGGCUACUACCCCCAACAGUCCUCCCACCACCACCACCACCCCCACCAGUAUGGACCUCUGGACUCGAACUACAACUUCCAGCCCUUCAUGACGGGACAGUUCGGAGACGGACUUCAGGGAGGCGCCUGGCACAACCCGGCGGCCGUUUACAUGCCGCCUCCGCACCACUCGGCUGCCGCGGCUGCAGCUGCCCACUGCCAGCAGCAGCGUUCUCCCGGAUACGACGACUGGAGCGCCUCCAUCCACCAGAACGGCGCCGGCGGAGCCUCGCCCCUCCCGCCCUCGCUGUCGGUGACGGCCUCGGGACCCCAGCUCCAACAGCCACCGCAUACCCCUUCGCCCUGCGCCCCCGGGGCAACAGUCCAGGCGGGGCCCGGCUCCCCCUUUUCCCACUUCCCUAAACUGCCUUCAGUAGGCGGAGGCCCUCCAGAUUACGUGACCGACGGAGGAGGAGGAGGUCUUUCCGGAGGCGGCGGGGGGGCGCAGUCGCCGCACGAAAGUAUUCUGGGACUCGGAGACGGCGCGGGGGACGCAGCGUCUCCCCCCACGGCUCAGGGGCCGCCUCCGAGACCACAGCAGGUUCGGUCGCCUUACGAGUGGAUGAAAAAGCCCUCCUAUCAAGCCCAGCCCAACAACGAUGGCGCCUACCUGGACUUGGACGGACUAACGAUGAAAGGCAAGACGAGGACGAAAGACAAGUACCGCGUCGUCUACAGCGACCACCAGCGCCUGGAACUGGAGAAGGAGUUCCAUUAUUCCAGGUACAUCACCAUCAGGCGGAAGUCGGAGCUGGCCUCCAUGCUGGGACUCUCCGAACGACAGGUGAAGAUCUGGUUCCAGAACCGGAGAGCUAAAGAGAGGAAGCAGAUGAAGAAGAGGGACGAGCUCCUGCAGAAGGAGAAGCUGGAGAACGUCUCCUACCACCCUCCUACAGUCACGCCCAUCCCCCCCAUGCCCCCGAUGCAGCCCAUGCACGCCCACGUCUCUUCAGCCCAGCACAUGCCCACUUCGAAGCCUCUGAUGAUGGACGUGAAGCCCGUCAUAGGCCUGGACUGACCCGAGCCUGCCUUUUAUUGGAGCCAGUGACAUUGACCUAGAAGGUUGCCCCCUUUCCAGCAGCUGUUGUGUCCCAAAAAAGUGAUUUUGCGUAGCCCAGUGACCUGUUUUUUUAAUGCCCCCUAGCACGGCAUGCUAGAGGGACCUCUGACAACUGCCUAAGUUAAAAGGGAAAACUGGAAAAUUGGCCCUGGAACCUUUUGCAGAGCUGGAUGUAAACAGAUGGCCUAGCUGGACGCAAUUCUGUGACAUUUCCAAUCUGACAAAACUUAAAUGAACGUCAUAGAAAUGACAAACUGAUUUAUGCAAGACUUUCGUUGACUCGUAAGUGUCGUUCAGGUGGCGUAAAUCAGUUAAGUCAGGAUUGUGCUGUGUUUUUUGAGAAACUGGCAUCCCUGUGAAAUAUCGUGAUGGUGAAAUUGCUGCUGCUGAUGAUGAGCAAACUCAGGACCGGAUUUUGUUGUGUAACGUAACUGUAACGAUAAUUGUAAAUCUGCUCUUGUUUGUAGUUUAUGUAAUAUUCAUUGAGAAGUACAAACUGUGUGUAUGUGUGUGUGUGUGUGUGUGUGAGGACUCUCGAGCAGCACGUGAAGCCAGUGAUAGACGUCGCACGAACAUUACUCCGAAAGUACACAUGCCACUAUUAGUCACUAUACCUCAGACACUAUUUUGGCGAGGCACUGGGCAAAACACGAGGGUAUGUUAAACGCAUCUACCAAACUACGUUACGAACCAUUUAAGAAAUGCUCGUCGUAUGAUAUGAGAAAUUAGUCUCACCUCAAAAGGAAGCUGUUUUAGGAAGAGGGGGCAAACUGAAAAUAUAAAAUAUCUUAGGUUACGAUGUUAUUAGCUUUCGGCGAUGGCAUCGCUGGUCUUAGGCUGAUCUCCAAUGUAUAAAGGCAAAAGAAAACUAAUCAGUGUUAUUGUGUGUAGGUGAAGAUUCCUCCUUUUUUUCAAGUUCUUUGCAAUUCCAGUCUAUGUAUAAGAAGUGGAGUGAUCACUUGUAAUAUUCCGUAGCAUGAGAAGGAGGAAAAUAUCACGGAAUGACAUCAAACCGAAGAUGUUGGCUUUUAUAUUGUCCAAAGGGCGUCAGAUUAGCUAAGAGCGUUUGGUUAACUCCUGGCGAUACUACCACAACAAAUGGAUAAAAAGAGCCAGAUAUCUGUGUUUAAAACAAAUAAUCUUUCACGUUAUAGUGCUAUAAAUAUUUACACUUCUUCAGCCUCGGGUUGACAGAGAAGGAAGCUUUUCGAAAACUUGCCACGAGAACCAGAAAAUAGGCGGAGCCUUGUGGUUUCUGGAGAGAAGAAGCGUUACGAGGAAUUCAAAAUAGAAAAUACUUUGCUGAGCCGCCCAAGCGGUUCUUUUCAGGAAAUUCGGGGUAGACAACGAAGGCGCCAUUUGAUAGGCUAGUAUUGUUGGCAAGUGGCGAUGGGUCUACCUAAUUGUUAUGAUUGAUGUUAAUUGGUCCUUCUAAUUGAAGGGUAAACGAUGACAGGAGAGAGUCGUGUGUGAUAUUGUUAUGAACAUGAAAGAUCUCCAAUUCUCUUUAUCAGGUAUCAGAGGAGGUCGCGUUUACACAUUUUAUUACAUGUAAAUAAUGUACAGUGAAAUAGGAAGUUGCUCCUUCAUGGUGAUCUGCGGCGUUGGAAGAUAUAUAAUUUAUCUUAUUUAUUUUUCUUCCGUUUUGUUCACUGCCGCAUUUCAAACAGUUACUAUUUUUUUCGUCUGUUGCGACAUUUCGUAGUUCACGAGCGCUGCCUGGUAAUUAAUAGUAAUUUUAGAUUGGCAGAUAUGGCGGUUAGCGUUUAAAAUAAGAAGAAUGCAACUUGAACAGUGUUGUCUCACCAAUGAACAGAAACGAAGAUAGAGCAAGUUUUUUUUAAGUUUUUAAAGUCAGUCAAGUGGAGCCGAUUAGUUUUAGAACGACACUCACAUUCUUUUUAUUCCCCGCCAGAUUUCUGGUUGAUAUAUUCCUUUUUAAAGCAUGAAAUAGGAAGGAAACAUGAGGUAUAUAUGACAAGCAUUGAGGACAGGAAGUUUGUCGUUAAUGAACGGGCAUUUUUGCAACGAGGGAAUCGAUUACCGGGAGUUUUUUUGGCGACAUUUUAGCAAGUAUGAGACCAAUCAGCAGGCAAGCAAAAAAGUCCACUCUGGUCUCUUGCUGGCCCUAAUUUGCAAGUAUGCAAUUGCCUCAUUUUCUGCUCAAAACAAAGAAUAAUUUACUAUUCAUAUGAGGCAAGGAUACCUAGAUCAUUUUGAUGUCUUAAUCCGUUUUUUAUUCUAAGUGGUCCUUUGCAAAUCACCAUGGAGAGGUAACGCUAAGUGACCGCUGGCUAACUCGUAUCUUGAAAGAUAUGUUUUAUCGAAAUGAAUCCGAUUAUUUUAUCGUCUACGAUAUUUAAAAAAACGAGUUUGUCGUUUUGCAAAUCUUGCGAAGUUCAGUUGAGACUUGAAUUUUAUCGAGGGGAGAUAUCUAUAGAAAUUGCUAUGAAUUGUCUAAGCAGUCACUAAACAAAUUAGAACCAAAUUCAGCGUCAGUGCAACCUCAGAUAUGAGGCUAAAGAAAGGCACAAGUAAACUCAUGUCUUGGAGCUGGAAAAUAAUAGGACAACAAAAGAUCAAAAUCUUGCUAACUCGUCCGUACAGUUGAAAUUUUAUGUUUUCGGGGUAAGUAGUAAUGAAUACUUAACAAUUUGUUCAAGGCUAUUGCUGUUAUGAAGGACUGUUUUCUAUACUUAUGAACUCUACUUUGUUCAAAUACGAAAAUUUUAAGAACCAAAGCAUUGGAUCUUAGGCACUUAUUGAAAACGUUUGGGUGUCUGUGACUUUUAACCUUUGUGAAUUUCUGUGAUCAUUUAUGUCGUGUCCCAUGUCACCAUUGUUUAAUCUUAUGAAUGUACCUACAGCAACUGGGUCUUUUGUUUCUAUUUGGCCAUUUCAUUUUAUUCACUUGAGAUCUGAGCGAGCUGUUUACACGACAUAUUAAUAUAUUUCCUAUUGGUGUCUUGUAAGAACGACAGAUAAUACUCAUUUGAAUUCACUAACAUGAAAGGGUUACAUAAAACAAAAUAAAUAAAUAAGCAGAUAACUAAUGAAUAAAUAAUAGUACCCUCGGAAACCCCCUCCUCAGAGUUUCGAGUAACGGUUUUAAGAAAAGGAAUUCAAUAAGAGAAUUUUAAGUCACAGGUUACUGAAAGGUGGACUAGGGUGAAGUCAUUAUGCAGAGCGAAGCGUUGUUUCCACCCCUCCCCUACCCCUGUUGGGCGAGAUUGGUCACGUGAAAGUGAAAUAUCGGAUUUGUAAUUUUGUAUGUAAUGAAUCUGUGAGAGCACUUGAAAUCUUGCUUUUUGUGUACAUGCUAUAGUAAAUAUUGUAAGAAAUCA